AUGAUCGAACUCGAGUGCCUGAGUGCUGCGUGGGCAAUGCAUAAGUGCCGACAGUUUUUAGAAGGACUCUCGUCUUUCGAAUUGGUGACGGAUCACAAGCCGUUAAUCCCGAUCCUAAACAGUUACGCGAUGAAUAAGUUAGAUAAUCCCCGCCUCCUGCGUUUGCGUCUGAAAAUGCAGCGUUAUUCAUUCGUCGCCCGAUGGGUGCCCGGCAAGCAGAACGCUGACGCCGACGCCCUCUCACGGGCCCCAGUUGAUCACGUGACAACGAGUGAUGAACUGGGGGAAGGAUUGCCGUCUUUCCCUGCAAAAAUCGCCAUGAUGAGUCUCAUCGGAGCCGAAUUGUCGACGGCCGACCCAACUCUCGACCCUGUGCUCGAAAAAAUUAAGUGCGCGGCAGCCAUCGACCCCAUCAUGCUCAAAUUAAGAAAUCAAAUAGUUGCAGGCUUCCCGAACGACAAGUGCAAUUUAGACAUUGACUUGCGUCGCUAUUGGUGUGUGAAAGACCGGCUGACAAUCGACGAAUCGGACGAUAUGAUCGUCCUUGGACCCCGUGUAGUGAUUCAACAAUCUCUUCGAGCAGCCAUAUUGCGUGAUUUGUCGGCGAUGCACCAAGGCGCAACAAAAACGCGUCAGCGAGCCCGACUCUCCGUGUAUUGGCCUGGCAUCGACAACCAUAUUGUGAAUGCCACCAGAAAUUGUGACGAGUGCAGGAAACAUAUCCCGUCGUUACCACCUGAACCGUUUCGUCCGCGCCCACCGGCAACUCGCCCUUUUGAACAAAUUCACGCGGACCUAGGUAAAGUCAACGGCCGUCAUUUCCUCGUCAUAGUUGACAGUUUUAGUGGUUGGCCUCACGUGGUCGCAUUUCGCGACAUCAAAACUUCCGCUCGCACUAUCAUCGGUCACAUCCGUACCUUUUUCUCCAGUGUAGGAGCCCCCGUCGCCUUCUGGUCCGACAAUGGGCCCCAAUUUGGCGCAGCAGAAUUCCGGCGCUUUCUAGCUGAUUGGGGAAUUAUCCCCCUGACGUCUUCGCCAUAUUACGCCAAGUCGAACGGCCGCGCGGAGGCCGCGAUCAACACCAUGAAGACCCUCAUUCGUGGCUCAUACACAUCGGGCGCUUUUGACGAAGCAAAAUUCGCGAAAAGUAUCUUGCUUUUCCGUAACGCGCCACGCUCAGGUGGUGCCUCACCAGCGCAGUUAGUGUUUAACCGCCCGGUUCGUGAUUGUCUGCCAGCCCACCGUCGCUCGUUCGCGCCCGAGUGGCAAAAAGCAGCUGACACGCUGGAAAAACGGGCGAGACGAUCAAAGGAGCUGCAGAUUGCCCAUUACAACAAACGAACUCGACCAUUGGCCGCGUUUGUCGUCGGCAACUACGUCCUGAUCCAGCAUCCCGUUAGUAAGCAGUGGGCCACCCCCGGAAUAAUCGUAGAAGUUGGCCGGCACCGAGACUACCUCAUCAAGACUCCGGCCGGAAGAAUCUUCCGACGCAAUCGGCGUUUUCUCUGCCCGCGCAUCCCGAUUUUCCCGGGCACCGGAAGCGCACCAACUGCUACUCCAAUCCAGCCUGAACCGGCUCCAGCACCUCCACCGGAACCGGUCCAGCCACCAGCCGAACAACAACAACAACAACAAGACGUCCAGCCGCCGGCCGACCAGCUUCCACCAACGAACGACCCAGCACUGCCCGCCCUACGUCGGUCAACGCGUCCCCGCCAGCCGAGACGUCACUUCUUUCCAACAGAUUGGACACAAUAG